AUGGAGAAUGACAGUUCAACGGAAUGGGAAGAGGAUCCCAUAGGAAUUAGUCAUCGUGUUGUUGCGUGCGACGUGCCUACAGAAUUGUGUACAUCUGAAGCAUCAAGGCAAGACCAUGUUGUAUUUUCUGUAAGGAACAAGAUAAAGGAAGUAAUCAACCCUGAAGACGUAGUUAGGAUGCUUGAAGUGGAUUUCAGUGAGAACUUUAGCAGUUCAAAACAUGUUUCCUACGAAGACAGAAAAUUUUUGGAUAUCAUGGAAAAGGGGAUUCAUAAGUGUGAUGGACAUUAUGAAAUGCCAUUGCCUUUCCGAGAAGCAAUGCCAUACCUGAGCAACAAUAGAGACAUGGUAUUUCAGCGACUACAACAUUUGCGAAAGCGACUUGAGAAAGAUGCACAGUAUAGCGAGCACUACGUUUCCUUUAUGAGAGAGCUGAUAUCAAAUGGUUUUGCCGAAAGAGUACGGAAGACGGAAAUUGGUGUCGAUAGUGGUCAGGAGUGGUACAUCCCACACCAUGGUGUAUAUCAUCCGCAAAAACCAGGAAAGCUGCGUGUAGUCUUCGAUUGCAGUGCAAGGUAUAUGGGGCAGUCAUUAAAUGACCAUUUGCUGCAAGGACCUGACAUGAUGAAUAUGCUUUCUGGAGUUUUGUGUCGAUUUCGCAAAGAGCCAGUGGCCUUUGUAUGUGAUAUUGAGCAGAUGUUUCAUCAGUUCAAGGUGAAUGUUGAACAUAGAAAUUACCUACGAUUCUUGUGGUGGGAUAAUGGCAAUUUCAGUAAGGAUCCUACUACUUACCGGAUGACUGUACAUCUAUUUGGAGCAGUGUCUUCUCCAGGAUGCGCCAACUUUGGCUUGAGACAAGCUGCCACAGACGGAGAGCUUCAGUUUGGGUCUGAUGUUGAGAACUUCAUCAAACGAGACUUCUAUGUUGACGACGGACUGAAGUCGGUAGCUACUCCAGAGGAAGCCAUUAGCAUCAUAGAGAGAAGCAAAGAGUUGUGUAGCAGAAGUGGUUUGAAGUUACACAAGUUCCUCUCAAACUCAAAGGAAGUUUUGGAGAGCAUUCCAGCUGAAGAAAGAGCAAAGGGACUAGCAGAUAUUGACAUACACCAUGACAAGCUUCCCAUGGAAAGAACUUUAGGUAUACAGUGGUGUAUUCAGACAGACGCAUUUCAGUUCAGGAUUACCCUGAAGGACCGUCCUCUUACUAGACGAGGGGUUCUGUCGACCUUGAGUUCCGUAUUUGACCCACUUGGAUUCAUGGCACCUUUCAUCCUAGUUGGGAAACAAAUCUUGCAGGAAAUGUGUAGAAACCAGACAGAUUGGGAUAGCCCUCUUCCAGAGAACUUGAGGCCUAGAUGGAGAUGUUGGAGAAAUGAUCUUGAGCAGCUUGGUUCCUUAGAAAUCAAGAGAUGUCUGAAACCUGAGAAAUUUGGAGAUGUUGUUGUAGCGGAACUACACCAUUUCUCAGAUGCGAGCACUAUCGGGUAUGGCCAGUGCUCAUAUCUUCGUCUCAUCGAUGACAAGCAGCAAGUACACUGCUCUUUAGUUAUGGCCAAGUCCAGAGUCACGCCACUCAAACCAGUAACAGUACCUCGUUUGGAACUUACUGCUACGCUCGUUUCAGUUAAGGUCAGCUCCCAACUUCUAGAAGAGCUUGAAAUCAGCAAUAUUGUCGAAUGGUUCUGGACAGAUAGCACUGUUGUUCUUGGAUACAUUGCUAAUGAUUCUCGGCGAUUUCAUGUCUUUGUUGCCAACAGACUUCAACAGAUUCGUGAUCACACAGAACCAUAUCAGUGGAACUAUAUCAGUUCAGCAGAGAAUCCAGCAGACAUGGCAUCACGUGGUGUUACAGCUGAUGAGUUACGAAAGAGGAAGGAAUGGUUCAGAGGACCCAAGUUUCUAUGGGAGUCCAGUUUACCAUUUACUGGUCAGCCUGUCAGCAAGCCAAUUAUAUCCGACGAUGACCCAGAGGUUAAGCGUUGCCAGGUGUUCGAGACAAAGGUGGAACCUACUGAAUAUGAAUCAUUGACAGACCAUUUAGAACGUUUUUCUGAUUGGACCCAGGCAAAGAGACUCAUAGCAAACUGUUUUAAGUUCAAGUUAUUACUUAAGAAGGACGCCUGUCAGAAGGGAACAGACGCAGUGCUUUGCAAGGAGCAAGGAUUGCCAGUAGCAUUAUUAGAGAAAGCAGAAUUGACUAUUGUAAGAUUAGUUCAGAAAGAGACUUUUAGUGAAGAAUUGAAAAUUCUUAACAGCACCAAGAAAUGUGAGGAAGUUAACAGGAAGAAAUCCGUUCGAAAGACAUCCUCCCUUUACAGACUUGACCCAUUUUUGGAUGAUAAUGAUGUUUUGCGAAUCGGAGGUCGGUUGGGGAAGGGAGAAUUUACGUCCUCUGUUAAACAUCCAAUCAUUCUACCAAGGAAGUCACAUGUUACAAGGCUUAUCAUCAGACACUUUCAUGAACGCAGCAGACACCAAGGACGAAGUAUUACCACGAAUGAGAUAAGAUCAAAUGGUUAUUGGAUUAUUGGCUGCAGUUCUGCUGUGUAUAGUGUCAUUUCGAGAUGUGUGAAAUGUCGUAAACGUCGCAGCCAAACACAGGAUCAGAAAAUGAGUGACUUACCUGCUGACAGACUUGCAGCAGACGCACCCUUUACAUACAGUGGUGUAGACUUUUUUGGACCAUUCUACAUCAAAGAAGGGAGAAGAGAGUUGAAGAGAUAUGGAGUUCUCUUUACAUGUAUGUCUUCGAGAGCCGUGCAUCUAGAGACUGCAAACUCUCUCGACACUAGUUCAUUUAUCAAUGCUCUGCGCAGAUUUCUAGCGAUACGUGGACCAGUAAGACAACCGAAAUCAGAUAGAGGCACAAACUUUGUCGGGGCUGAGAGAGAACUCAGAGAAUCUUUGGAAGAAUUAGAUGAUAGUCGUUUGAAGCAGUUUCUCACAGCUGACGGAUAUGAUUAUAUCCAUUUCAAAUUGAACGUUCCAUCAGCGAGUCAUAUGGGCGGAAUUUGGGAAAGGCAGAUCAGGACAGUUCGCAAUGUGCUUUCUUCCCUUUUACAGGACUUUGGUGCGCAGUUAGACGAUGAGGCUCUUAGAAAUUUUUUCUGUUGUCUUACCACCGCCUGGUGA